CUCGAUCCCUGCCGUCGGGAACAAUCCCGCAGGGAGGCCAUUGGUGCUGAGAAAGCUGGCGAUCGUGCUCGAGACUGGAAGAUCGCGGCAGUAGCCGGCGAUCGCGAAUGCCGCCAGGGAGAAUGCUAGAACCCUAAUGAAACGAUCCAUGGGAGGAAGGGAAGCUCUCUCUCACAGACAGCUUAAGCAGUACCAAAUUGGCUCGCUCUUAGACAAAAUUGGAUGGAGCCGCCAAUGUAGACCGAGGACCGUCGGAUGUGCGCCACGUGGCGGAGCAAGGGAGCUUCCUCCUCGUUUGUGCGCUCGGGAGAAAGAAGAGAGUGGGAAGAAGAGGGCAACUGGGCAAGAAAGAGGAGGCGCCAGGCCAUGGCGCUGCGAUUGUUGAUGCUGCUAGCCGGCGGCUACAUUCUGGGGAUGCAUGGAAUCGCGGCGGAGGCGAUCAGCGCUGGCGCUCCUGGAAGUUCUGAUCGAGUGGGAGUUCUUAGGGUUCUUGCGAGCUCCAGUUCGAAUUCGAAUUCCAGUUCGCGCAUCGCAUUGUCGGCCUUUUAUCCCGAUAGGACCAUCGGGCCCUCGGGCUGGGACUACUUUCGAGCCGAGAUUCCUGUGUCUUUCUCCGUACUCUCUAUCAUCCUCACCAAGAAGAGAUGGACGUCCCAGGGGAGUGGACCUCUUGUUUGUUUCCAAUUCGGCGGCCUUCCACUGCCAUCGGGGCCUGUGGAAAGCCUCGAGGUAGCGAUUAAGAUGGCCGGGGAGAGACGCAAUGUUUCCACGACAGGGAAAUGCGCUUUAUUCCAAGAGUCCGUUCACAUCAACAUGACGAACGAACAGAUAGUUUCUGGAGUAUUAUAUAUUGGAACAUUUAGUGAUCCAAGUCCCCAUCGGACUCAGUCUACAAUGAUUUCACGGGGACCAACUUAUAACUUUGAAGCGCAAGUUGCAGUUUCGGUCUGCAAAGACAAUUUUGCAGGAGAGGUCUGUAACCGGAGCGUGAAUGUUCUCUCGUCUUCCUCUUCCAGCGAGUUUUCUGUAUCGGGUGUGGAGAGGAUUGCCAAUGGAACAUCGCAAGCUUCUGGUAACACUUCUUCGUGGAGAACUCUGUUGGGGAACUGUGUUGCUCGGGGUGAGUGGACAUUUUUCCUUCUUCAAAUUCCGGACUUGGUGUCAUCUUUGGAGAUCAGGGUCGACACUGACGCUGCCGUGUCCGAUAUGAAGCUUGCUGCCAGACAUGAAGCUCUUCCUCAACUUAGUGACGUUUCUACAGGCAAUCAGACUCAGUUAGUUAUCGAGGCGCCUAUGAAAGGUGCGUGGUACAUAGGUGUGACGGGUGACAAUUCUACAGGCGGUUCAAACUCGUGUUUUUCUCUACUCUGGAGAAUCCAGGAUUGUGUGGCCGGAUACGGUGGAGCUGGAUGCAAUUCGCCAUCCAUCCCGCUUGAGAGAGUUGUUUCAAGGGCGAGCGAGUCACCUUUCGAUUCAAGCUUUUUACCAGCGACGAAGACUAGCACCAAGUCUGGCUGGUUUUCUUGGAAGUUAUUAAACGCGCAGGCUGUAAAUACUACGUUGAGGUGGUUAUAUCUGAAUCUGGAAGUUCCAAAUGGUGCAGCUGGAUCAGUUUUGUCUUUCGAGGUUCACUUUCCCGAGGCAAGUUUGAUAGAGGCCUAUGCUCGGUUUAAAGGAUAUCCCACGCUUGAAAGCUGGGACUUUCGCCACACAUCCAAGAACAACAAAUCUCUCUCCUUCGACGUCACGUACCCCGCGGAAGGAUUGUGGUCUAUCGGUGUGAGACAUUCUCUAGCUGUUGAAGCGGCUCUCAAGUUCCGGGUGCAUCUACAUGGCUGCGUGGAUUCUUGCUCGCACCAUGGAUCUUGCACCACAAGAUACGAAGCCAGUCGCUUGAGUUUUUACAGCUUCUGCAACUGCGACCGGACACACGGUGGGAUUGAUUGCUCGGAGAAACUCUUGAGUCUUUCAGCGAGAUCCUUGCAGAUUGCUGCUCUAGUCGGCUCGAAUGCAGCAGCUGCUUUUCCAAGCUUCUGGGCUCUUCGUCAAAAGGCUAUGUCCGAGUGGCUCAUAUACACGGCCAGCGGCAUCUCUAGUGCAAUCUAUCACUCUUGUGACGCUGGUGGCUGGUGUGCUCUGUCCUACGACACAUUGCAGUUCCUGGAUUUCUGGCUCUCUUUCCUGGCCGUGAUCUUUACGUGCUUGUAUCUGGCGGAAGUUCUUGGCCUUACCAAACCAACGCUUCAUGUAGCUGCGGCGGUCAUCACCGCCAUCAUUGCCAAGAACAAAGAUCGGACAAGUGUCAGGAGCGCACUCCUUGUGAUUGGAAUUGGCGCGGCGGUGCUUCUGCUCGGGCUGUUGUGGGAGCUGUGGGGGCAAAACAGGCUGCGUCGAUGCGAGCCCUUUCGGUUGCAGUUGAUAAGGUUGUAUAGCUUGGAGCUCCAAAGGAGCGCGUUCGUGAAGAAGCUCCGGCAAAGGUUUGUCUGGGCGUAUGUUGGAAUCGGAGUUAUGAUCGUAGCAUUCGCGGGAGUAUGCUGGAAACAGGAAACAGCGAGGAACUAUUGGAUUUGGCACAGUCUCUGGCACGUAAGUAUCUACACAGGCGCAUUUUUCUUGCUCUUUUCGGUGAUCCCCGAAGAGAGCACCACACCCGAAGCUGUACCGUCCGAUGAAACGGACACAUUCAUGAAUGGACGCUAGCGAUUUGCUUUUGA